GUGGAUCCCGCAAAACCCUAAAUCGUCACUCCACUCGGCAGUUGCUUCGCGCGCCCCUCUCUUCCCGGCAUCCCCGUUUCCCAUCGCCAUGGAGUUCUGGGGUGUGGAGAUUAAGCCUGAAGAGACUGUCAAGGUUGAUCCUGGAGAGGAUAAAUAUCUGCAUCUUUCUCAGGCUUCGUUAGGUGAGACGAAGAAGGACAAGGGAAAUGAGAACAUAUUGAUCUAUGUGAAGUUUAACAACCAAAAGUUAGUACUUGGAACACUCUCUGCAGACAAAUGUGCUCAAAUUCAAUAUGAUUUGGUAUUUGAGAAAGAAUUUGAGAUAUCUCACAACUCAAAGAAUGCAAGUGUCUACUUAUGCGGCUACAGAACUGUUGCAUUGGGGGGAGAUGAAUUUCCUGAUUUUGAUGAGAGUGACUCAGAUGCUGAUGAAGAUAUUCAACUUGAGCAUAUUGUAAAUGGCAAGACUAAUGUAAAGGAUGAGCAACCCAAGUCCACAGCAGGAAAGCCAAAUGUCGCUUCUGCCAAGGUAAAGCCUAAAGUAGCCGAACUGAAGAAGGCCGAUAAGCAAAAGGCAAAUAAGGAGGAUGAUGAAGAUGAUGAAGAGUCCGAGGAAGAUGAAUCCGAUGAUGAUGAGGAUACGGCCAAAGCUGAUGCUGAAGACGAUAGUGAAGAUGAGGAUGAAAGCUCUGAUGAGGAUGAAGCUACCGUUAAAAAGGCUGAGCCUUCUAAUAAAAGACCAGCUGGUUCUGCCUUAAAAACUCCUGUUUCAGAAAAGAAAGCAAAGUUAAGAGUGUCUCAAGGAUCAGGAGGGAGUCAGAAAAAAGGUGGUGCCGGUAAGAACGAUGGCCAACCCGCUACCCCUAACCCUGCAAAACGAAGCGGAAAAACACCUGCUACCAAUGACAAGUCCAAACAGCAGACUCCUAAAUCCGCCGGCUCAAUCAAUUGCAAGUCAUGUGGCAAGAAAUUCAACUCUGACAAUGGUCUCCAAGCUCAUACAAAAGCAAAGCACGGUGGUGCCAAAUGAGGCUUCUUUUCAACAAGAAGCAUGCAUGCAGCAUGAGGAUGCGGCUUGGAGAUGAACCAUGGGAAGUGAUGGAUUUCAUUAUCAUAUGGUGUUUUGGGCUUUAACAAACUUUUCGACUUUGGCGUUAAAUGAGUGUAAUAUUUUGAAAAUUUUC